CCAAACGUCAUAAUAUUUCGUGGUGUCUUGUGUUGUCUAGUUUGUGUUGGUCGUGGACCCGUGGAUCCUGAUAUUUUAUAAAACUGUAAUAAAUUAAUAAAGAAUCAAAGUGGUAUUCUUGAAAAUGGAGGAAAAGAGAUUGAUUAUGAUUGAUGAUAUGUGUAGACUUUGUCUGGAGAACGCUGGCGCUAUAAACCUCUACGAAACACAAGACUUAGUGAAAGAUAUUUACACAUCCACAGCAGUAAAUGUAUUCAAAAGAAAUAAUCUACCACAAAAAAUAUGUAAAAUAUGUUAUGAAAUUAUACACAGCGUAAAGAACUUAAAAAUUGUAGCUAUGAAGAGUGAUUCAUAUUUGCGAUCGCUGUUUGGAGUGGAUAUUGAAGAUGAAAUGGAGGAUGAUUUAAAUCUGCAAGAUGAAUCAAACAUUUCACAAAGGAGUGAAACAAGAAGUGUUUUUUUUGCAAAAGAUGAUGCUAGCAAUAUAAACAAUGGCAUUACAUCUUUCACAAAGAAUUGUGAAAGUAGGCCUAGUUCACCAACAAUUCAAGUCUUAUCAGUUAGAAAAGAUAUAUUUGAACCCUCAGUAACAAUGAGCCCUACAAGGAGGUCUUCUACAGAGGAUAAUCACUUGGCCCAACAAGUACCUAAACUAGAUCAGCAAGUUCCCAGGCCAAUUAAAUUAGAAAAGUUUAAAAAUGAUUUAGAAUGUAAAGUAUGUCAUAAGAUAUUCGAAACACAGAAAAAAUUAUACCUUCAUCAACGACUGCAUUUUAAAAAUAUAAUGUGCCCGCUUGACGCCUGUGGAAAAAAAUUCGCAACAAAAGGAGACUUAGAAAAGCACAUAAGAACACACACUGGAGAACGCCCCUAUCGAUGUGAGAUAUGUGAAAAAAGUUUUGCACAAAGGGGCACACUGAAGUCCCAUAGAGAUGCCUUGCAUGGCGGUGAAGGGUAUUUACUGGGAAAAUAAUAGAGUAAUAAUGUUUUUUUACUGCACUCGGAAGUGAUACAGAGAUUGAAUAAGCCCGGUAAUCUAUGGUUUUACAGUGGUUAAAUGAAUUUCUUUUCCAAAGCAUCGUAUUAUCGUACAGAUCAUGUGUUCAACAAAUCAUUAUACAGUUGUAGUUUUAAGUUGUUAUGUUCAAAGAAGGAAUUACAAUUUGGGAAUCAGUGUUACAUGCUAUAUUCAAUACUGUAACAUGAUUCUGACUGCUCUUCGUUUACUAUUGACUUAAGAAUGCACUAAGAGUUAGUGGCGGCCCUAAACGAAGCAAGACCCCAUGCGAUAACAAACAAAAAAACGACACAAGUCAUCGUGGGGAGCAAAAUAACGUUUCUCGGUUUUAACAGUUUUGUCAGUAGAAUCGUAAAAGAAGUCCUCAAAGGCACCGCGCAGGGCCCCUAUAAGAGCGAGGCCUCUGCUAAGACUCUUUGUUGAGUCUACUAUCAUUAUUAGACUCGUAAGUUGGAUUCCAAACUGCGACUUGCUAUGUUUAGCACAUUGUUUUUUUCUUUUUAUAAAUUUUGAUGGAUUACAAUGAACCAUUGUAAUAUCAUUCUAGCUUAAUUCACUUGUUAAUUGUUUUCGUUACGCAUAUUUGUUUUUGUAUAUCUACAAACUUUCGUUAACUAUGCAUCUAAGCAAUAUAAGCAAAUGCUAAGUUAAUUAAUUAGUGUAAACCAGUUUUCUGAGCAAAUGGUACGAAGUUUAUUUUGAACAAACGAGUCGUUGCAUAUGGAUCUCUUUGGAGUAAAAAUGAAUUAAAGAUUACCAUAAAA